UAAGAUCUUGCAGCAGCUGCAAUCACCUGGGCGUGGCUCUCUUGUCUGACUUUGGCUUCAAGGAUCCUGGGCCCAGGAGCAGAAGCAGGAAAGCUCUGCCGCAGUGCUUUCCAGAUGGCCGAGUUGGACCUGAUGGCUCCAGGGCCGCUGCCCGGGAUCGCAGCUCACUCCCUGGUCACUCUCAGCCCAGACUCUGGGUCAGCCAGCCCAGCAGAAGAGGACAAGCGCUCCCUGGAGAGCCCCCAGGGAGACGUGGAGGGGCUGGGCGCUGGCUCCCAGGAUGGUGGCUGUGGUGAGGAGGAGAUCCCAUGUGACUUCUGCCUGGGGGCCCAGAGGGUGAAGGCGGUGAAGUCCUGCCUGACCUGCAUGUUGAACUACUGUGAGGAGCACCUGAGGCCGCACCAGGAGAACAGCAAGCUGCACAGCCACCAGCUGACGGAGCCGGUGAAGGACCGGGACCUGCCCACCUGCCCUGCCCACCACAGCCCGCUGGUCGCCUUCUGCCGCCCGGAUCGCCAGUGCAUCUGCCAGGAGUGUGGCCAGGACCAGCACAGGGGCCAUGCCUCAGUCUCCCUGAAUGUUGCCCGCAGGGACAAGGAGGCUGAGCUUCGGAGCACCCAGCUAGACCUGGAGCGGAAACUCAAGUUGAAUGAAAAUGCCAUUGCCAGGCUCCAAGCCAAUCAUAAAUCCGUUUUGGUGUCAGUGUCAGAGGUGAAGAUGGUGGCUGAGGAGCAGUUUGGGGAGCUCCUUGCUGCCGUGAGGAAGGCCCAGGCUGAUGUGAUGCUCUUCCUGGAGGAGAAAGAGCAAGCCGCUCUGAGCCAGGCCAAUGGCAUCAAGACGCACCUGGAGCACAGCAGCGCAGAGAUGGAGAAGAGCAAGCAGGAGCUGGGGAGGAUCGCUGCCAUCAGCAACACCGUGCUGUUCCUGGAGGAGUACUGCAAGUUUAAGAACACUGAGGACAGUGCCUUCCCUAGCGUUUACAUAGGACUCAAGGACAAGCUCUCGGGCAUCCGCAAGGUCAUCACGGACUCCACUGUGCACCUAGUCCAGUUGCUGCACAACUAUAAGGAAAAGCUCCAGGAGUUCGCGAAGGACGAGGAAUAUGACAUCAGAACGCAAGUGUCAGCUGUGGUCGAGCGCAAGUAUCGGACCUCAAAACCUGAGCCCAGCACCAGGCAACAGUUCCUCCAAUAUGCCUGUGAUAUCGCGUUUGACCCUGACACGGCACACAGGUAUCUCCGGCUGCAGGAGGACAACCGCAAAGUCACCAACACUACACCUUGGGAGCAUCCCUACCCAGACCUCCCCAGCAGGUUCCUGCACUGGCGGCAGGUGCUGUCCCAGCAGAGCCUGUACCUGCACAGGUACUACUUCGAGAUAGAGAUCUCUGGGGCAGGAACCUACUUCGGCCUGACCUGCAAAGGCAUCGACCGGAAAGGGGAGGAGCGCAACAGCUGUAUUUCAGGAAACAACUUCUCCUGGAGCCUGCACUGGAACGGGAAGGAGUUCUCGGCCUGGCACAGUGACACGGAGACCCCGCUCAAAGCCGGCCCUUUCCGGAGGCUGGGCAUCUACAUCAACUUCCCGGGAGGGAUGCUCUCCUUCUAUGGUGUGGAGCCCGAUGCCAUGACUCUGGUUCACAGGUUUGACUGCAAGUUUUCGGAGCCAGUCUACCCAGCCUUCUGGCUUUCCAAGAAGGAAGACACCAUCCGCAUUGUGGAUCUGGGAGAGGAGCCUGAGAAGCCAGCACAGGCCUCAGUGGAGGCUGCUCCUUAGACGCUGGAUCCACAUUCCAAACUGUUUGCUAACCGCAGGGCAGCAGCUUGCCCUCCGGGGACAGAAAUCUCUGCCAGGGGUAGCUGGCUUGAGAAACAUGUGGGUCUGUAAAUGAGGACAAGAGUCAAGAGUCGCUGGCUUCUCCCUUCUGCUCUAUGCUGUGCUGGUCUUCGAGUUUGUAGUCAUAUUCAGGUGAAAGUCCUUUUUGAGUGAUACUCGAGUCUCCAAUCUUUGAGCGACAUCCUCCUGUCUGCUCAGGUGAACGGCACAUUGUAACCUAUAACUGGUAACCAGGAAUCUUCAGGGAGAUAAAAAAAAAAAAAAAUCACAGAAUAAUCGCAAUAAAUUGCUAACUUUAUCACGCAUUUCCUUGGUCCCAGACACUGUUUUGAGUGCUUCUUGUGCAUCAACCCAGGGGCUCUCAUAUAAUCCCAUGGGUGGAUGCUCAUACCAGCCCCAAUUUGAAGAUGGGAAAACUAUGGUCCAGGGGGGAUAGUUAACUUGCUCAAGGUCACUGCGGUCACAUGGUGAGUAGGUGACAGAGCUGGGGUUCAGACUUGAAGGGGUGGCAUUAAACUUUUAACCACUAUA